AUGAGUACCACCACCAGCAGCGGCAUCCACGACGAUAUUACCCAAUGCAUUGGAAACACGCCGCUGGUUCGCCUGCAACGGCUUACCAAAGGAUGUGGGGCUACGGUGGUGGCCAAGAUGGAAAACGUUAACCCGCUGUGGAGCGUGAAAGAUCGCCUCGCCCUGGCGAUGAUCAAUGCCGCCGAGCGGGAUGGGUUGAUUAAAGACGACACAAUCAUCGUCGAGCCCACCAGUGGGAACACCGGCAUCGGGCUGGCUUAUGUCUGCAGUGCCCGAGGUUACAAGUUGAUGGUCACGAUGCCCGAGAGCAUGAGUCUGGAACGUCGCCGUAUGCUGAGGGCAUUGGGCGCCGAGCUGGUACUCACUCCCGCGGCCGAGGGCAUGCCGGGGGCCGUGCGGAAGGCCGAGGAGUUGGCCUCGCAGAAUUCGAACUAUUUCAUCCCGCAGCAAUUCAAAAACCCUGCCAACGCUGAGAUCCACCGCAAGACCACUGCCGAAGAGAUUUGGCGAGAUACCGAGGGUAAGGUCGACAUCUUCGUCGCAGGCGUGGGAACCGGUGGCACGAUCACUGGCGUGGGCGAAGUGCUAAAGGCCAAGAACCCGAAUGUAAGAAUCGUCGCCGUCGAACCGGCUGCCAGCCCGGUGAUUAGCCAAACCAAGGCCGGGCAAGAACUCAAGCCGGGCAAGCAUACCAUUCAAGGUAUUGGUGCGGGCUUCAUUCCCGAUGUGUUAAACGUCGAUGUCAUCGACGAAGUGGUUCAGGUAGCCGACGAAGACGCGAUUGAGACCGGUCGUGAACUCUCCAAGCAGGAAGGCCUGAUGUGCGGCAUCAGCUCAGGUGCAGCCGCCUGGUCGGCCAUUCAAGUGGCCAAGCGUCCGGAGAAUGCCGGCAAGCUGAUUGUCGUCGUUCUGCCCGACCUCGGUGAGCGUUACCUGUCGACGAAGCUCUUCCCAGAGUAA